CCUCCAUCGGCCGUCGCAGUCCACCGAACCCCGAAGCACUCCACUCGUCCACUCAACUCCAUUGUUGCAAUUACCUAGCUGAUUGAAUUCGUGAUAGUUACCAUCUCCAUGUCUGCAAACCAAGCCCAGCACGAUCCCGAAUCCGAACCUGCCAGUGAAACCACCACUCUCCUCCCCACCGAUCACCAUUCUCCCGAUCCAGAAAACACCCCCAAAAUGAGCAGCUCCCUCUUCUGGAAAGUCGGUGCCAUCUACGGCGCCGCCGCCGUCGGUCUUGGCGCCUUUGGUGCUCACGGGCUCAAGAAGCGCAUUUCUGAUCCCAACAAGAUUGCCAGUUGGUCGACGGCUGCCCACUACCAGCUGGUCCACUCGGCCGUCAUCCUCGUCGCGAGUCAUCACCCCGUCGCUUCCGCCCUCUUCACCGCAGGCAUGACCAUGUUCAGCGGCAGCAUCUAUGCUUUGACCCUCGAUACCGAGCGCUUCAGGUUCUUGGGUCCUGUGACACCAGUCGGAGGUCUGUUUCUGAUUGCGGGCUGGUUGGCGCUGGCUUUUGCGUCCAAGGGGACUGCCGUCGCUAGGUUCCCUCGUUUCUAGAUGUAUACCUGAAGAUGGGCACAAAGCACUAGAAGCAUGUGAGGACCAGCAAAGGCCUGUGUAACAUCAAUUGUACCUAUUUUUCGUGAGAACAAUACCCAACUCGAUAUUCAUGGUGAAGGAGGUGAACACCAGCAGGCUCGGAUGCAUCGGCGAAAGCAUGCAACAGCGUGGAACAGCAAAUGUAUGAGAGUCGGUACAGCAGUGGAGGAGGUGGUUGCCAGUUCCGGUCUACCGGAAGCUGCGUUCGUCUACCGGAGAGGGUGGGUUAUAGACCGUAGUACGCAUCGUCACCAUUCAGCUUGUUACCUACCUCUACCUUCUUCUCUUUCUCUGCGGGUUCGUCCUUGCCUGGUGAAUAGCCUCAUCCAGGACGCGGAACAUGGCUGCUUCAGUUUGUCUUCACGUCACCGGCCGUUAACAAACACUUUCUUCGGGUUAGGGUUCGAAUCGGCCUUUUCCUCCUCUGCGCUUAUGUCAUCUUGGGGCUGGCCACAUUCACAAAUGUCUUAACCCCCUUUUAGUUGUCAACAAUCCCGUUUGUCGGUGAUGAAUCACCACAACGGGACCUUAUCCCACGAUGCCUUCACUCUUUGUGUUUCGUGAUACGUCUUGUGUAGCAUUGAUGGCAUCCCA